GCGCAGAGAGAGAGAGAGAGAGAUUUUGCUUAAAUAGAAUUUGCGAGGUUUGUUCGUUAAUUUGACUCGUUUACCUGGAGAAAAGCCAUCGGCAUCAACUCCACCAAUAAUUCCUCCAUCGUCUCCGCUCCCUGAAUCUGGAAUUCCCCCCCUCCCCCGCCGCCGCCGCCGCCGAGGUCGCCGUCGUCGUCGUCUUCGCCGUUUCGUCAGUCCUUCGCGUGUUGGUUCCUCCUCCUCCUCCUCAGCGAUCUCGUGAUUUGCGGUUCCGUCGAGGCUCGAAGUAGUCUGUCUAGGGAUUCGGUUUGGUUCCGCGACCGGUGAAGGAGAGCGAUCGGGCCGACUCGCCCGGGGCGAUUCGUGGAGCUUUUGUGUCCUUUCUUUUUCGGUUUCGGAUGAAGACUUCUCUCAGGAAGUUGCGAGGGUUCGGAAUCAACAACCACAAGCACGUCGGCGCCCGGGACAGGCGGGAUCUUCAUUGCCUGUCUCAAUUGGAGGAGCUCGCUCAGGCUUCUCAGGACCUGGAAGAUAUGAAAGAUUGCUCUGAUAAUUUACUUGCUGCUGCUGCAGCUACCACGAAUAGUGCUUAUGAGUUCUCAGAGUCUUUGCGGGAAUUGGGUGAUUGUCUUCUUGAAAAAACCGCAUUAAAUGAUGAUGAAGAUAGUGGAGAGGUAUUGCUCAUGCUUGGUAAAGUACAGUAUGAACUUCAGAAACACCUUGAUGUCUAUCGCUCUCACAUAUCACAGACAAUCACAGUCCCCUCACAGUCGCUUCUUAAUGAACUUCGAACAGUUGAGGAGAUGAAGCAACAAUGCGAUGAAAAAAGGAGCAUAUAUGAAGACGCAUUAAAGAAACAGAGAGAGAAAGGUCGAUCAAGAGCUGUUAAGGGAGAGAGUCUUACCCUGCAGCAACUGCAAGAAGCUCAUGAACAAUUUGAUGAGGAGGCGACCAUGUUUAUAUUCCGGCUGAAAUCUCUGAAACAAGGGCAAUCUCGUAGUCUUCUUACACAGGCAGCUCGUCAUCAUGCUGCGCAGUUGAACUUCUUCAAGAAAGCCCUGAAGUCUCUUGAGGCAGUGGAGCCACAUGUACAGUUUAUUACUGUGCAGCAGCAUAUAGAUUACCCCUUUGACGGACUUGAAGAUGAAGGGGAUGAAAUGGAUGAUGAUCAAGAUGAUGACAGUUAUGACACACGUGAUGAUGGGGAGUUGAGCUUCGACUAUGGGCAAUCUGAUCAAGCUCCAGUGAUUGAUUUGAAUAUUAGGCAUUCAAUGGAGUUGGAUCAGGUGGACCUUACAUUUCCCCAAGUUUCAACGGCUGAACCAAUGAAGGAAAGUACAGAGAGAAUUGCUGGGGAAUAUUUUAGUGGAGAAAUCAGGAAGAUCACCCAGUCAGCCCCACUCUAUCCAGAAAAGAAGUUGGAUCCUACGGAUAAAAUGGGGCCAUUGAGACAAUCAUCAACGCGAAAGCUUCAAACCUAUGUCUUGCCAACACCGACGGAUGCGAAGAGUUCAAUCACCGGAUCAUCAGUCAAACCAUUUCCACCCUCCAGACAGACAAGUUUGAGCUGGCGUAACGCAAAGUUGUGGCAUUCAUCUCCCCUGGAACCAAAGAAGUUUGGGAGAAGUUCAGCUGAUGGGAAAUUCUCGGGGACUUCUGUCUCAAAUACUCAUGGCAUUAUCAAGGAGAAUAACAAUAAUGCCACAUCCCCAUUACUACCUCCUCCUUUGGCAGAGGGGCUCUUAUUCGCAAUCCGUGAUCCCCUCGUAGCUCCUGGUUCUAAGAAAUUCAAAAGACAAGCAUUCUCUGGACCAUUGACUAAUAAGCCGCAACCUAACCAGUCAGCACCAGUGGAACAUCCCCAUUUAUAUUCAGGACCAAUCUUGCGAAAUCCAAUUUCUCAACCACUUUCAUCUCCUCCAAAAGUAUCUCCAAUGUCUUCUCCACCUCUUACAUCCUCACCUAAAAUAAGUGAGCUGCAUGAGCUUCCAAGGCCCCCUGCCAGUUCAAACACCAUAUCUAGCAGACAUUCAGGAUUUGUGGGUCAUUCAGCUCCGUUGUUCUUGCGAGGACAAGAUCACUCAGUUAAGAAGGAGCCUGUGGCAAUGACUUCAGCAUCCCCACUGCCAAUUCCUCCUCAUGCUGUCCCGCGUAGUUUUUCCAUACCUUCAAGUGGUUUGAGGACAGUAAUCUCACAGGGUUCAAAGCCAUCACAAGUUCCAAAUGACAUAGAGACGGCAGAAGAUGCGUCUUCUCCGCCGCUAACACCAAUAUCUUUAUCUAACAUCCAUGCCUUCACCAACUGAUGCACGAGUUAUCCUUCCAUCCAUCCAACUAGGAGGUAAUUAUUGCUUCAAAAAAAUAAAAAUAAAGGUGGUAACUAAAAAGCCUCUGCUGACAGAUAUUGUUUACUUAAGGGGGUGCCUUUAACAAAUGAUUUACCUCCCACCAGGGAAACUAGUCUUAAAGGAAUCGUAUUAAUCCUAUUGGAGUCCAUGUCUGGCAAUAUAUUAGUGAAAGAGGAUUGAACUGGCCCUUUCAUUUUUAUCAGUAGAAUCACUCAGCCGUUCUAUUGUAUGCAUUUUUUAUGAUGAUAUUUACUUUUUGUACACUCUAGGUUCUAGCUGCGUUGAGCCUGCCUUUGUUUCUUUGUGUCAAUUUCCUAAGUAGGUAGAAUUUCGGCGAACCUUUUAUGGGUCCGAAACAUUUUUAACACUUGCUUUACUAAUUUCAUGAAGCGUUAUUCUGUAACUGCCAAUAUUUUGCACAUUUUCCCUUCUGGUUAGGUGAAAAAUCUGGCCAUUUUCUGUUCCUAAAUAGCUCUUGACCUUUAUACUGCGCCUCGACACUCAAUAUUGAAAUCCUAAUGUAUUUGCUGGACGCAGGGACAAACUGAUGAUUUAUUUGUUGGAGCAUUCUUUGUGCAAUCCACGGGUGUCCAAUUCAAGGUAGCUUGUGGUAAUUCCUCGCGGUUGCAUAUUUGUAAAUAUAUUUUCCCCCUUCAAGCCAUUUCUUGGCGGAGCAGUUGUUAGGGAAUUACAUAUUCGCCCUAACGUGUUGAGCCAGGGAAUUUUGUACAUACUCAGAGGAAAUUAAAUACUAAGAUGUUUUCGGCUUUCUUUCCUCUUUUUGACAUGAGCUGAUCUCCUGUUUAGUAGUUUAGGCGGGAAUUCAUUCUCCCAUUAGCAGAUCAUAUCCCCACUGAUGUCAAGCAAUUCAGUCAUGCCAUAGGCCAUUUGGAUUCUUUAACACGUCCCUCAUGAAUUGACAAGCGAGACCUGUGUUGAGAU